AUGUCUACAUCUUCAAUACAGGUAUUGGAGGGUGAUGGCCAACAUCCAGUCGCUGGAAACAACGCUGGCAAUAUAAAUAUACAAAUUGGAAUUCAUGCCACUGCUACUGCUACGGCAACAGCAACAGCAACGGCAACGGCAACGACGACGACCACCACCACACCUUCGAAACAACACGCAAACAAUUCGACAUUGACAAGACGCACGGCCAAGAUGUUCAAUCAUUGGUUCGACACAAUCAAGAAGUCAAAAGACAGGUCACAUUCUUCAUCUUCACAACAACAACACCAACAACAGACACAGCAACAGCAACAACAACAACAACAAUCUAUUCACAGCUCAUUACCAUCAUUAUUUUAUCAACCAGUUGCUGCUACAGCUGCAGUUAAUAUACACGGAAAUAGUAAUAGUAGUAGUACUAGUAGUGGACGAGGUGGAGGUGGCCAUGACCACGACGACGACCUCAGCCACUCAUCGAUAUCAUACACAUCCGAGUCUUCAGAGUCCUCGUCGACUUCGCCAGUCGCCACACCGAUCAGCUCAAUAUCGCCACUCAACCAAUCAUCCAACAACAACUCGUCGUCAAGCACGCCAGCAUCCAACUCACACUUUGCAAUCGAAGGCGCGCCAAUACCCUUCCCCAAGCACAACAACAACAAGUCCACGCCACACCUCAUCAAGUCCACUUCGUUCCCCUCGAUACCCAAGCAUCAGUCGGCGUCGGCACCCGACCGCGAGUCGACCAUGCCCAUCAACUUUGAGACCAAGGCCACAAAGGAGAACUUCUACAAGAUGAUCGAUGAACCCAAGAGUUUCUCGCGCUUCAAGAGCUACAUGGAGAACUAUCAGAGCAUGGAGAACCUCUCCUUCUACCUGGAGAUCAAGCGAUACAAGCAGAUCACGUCCAACGAAGAACGGCGCUAUGCAGCCCAAGAUAUAUGGCGCAGAUUCUUUGUAGACGAUGCCUCUACCCAGCUCAAUCUCGAGUCAUGUCUGAAGCGCAGUGUGGAGGAGGCCAUGCGCACUUCCGAGCAUCCAGGCAUGGACAUAUUCGAUGAGGUCGAGAACCAGGUGCUCGAGGACAUGGUGUGCGAUGCCUUUCUGCACUUCCUCUCUUCACCAUUCAAUCAAGAAUGGCGAGUGUCGUCAAAGCCAAGUUCGAUCAACCUAAUGGAGUCACCCCAGUAUAACUCACCAGGUGCCAACUACAACAACAACAACAACUAUGGAAGUGGCAGUAGUAUUAAUGGAAUAGUGUCACCAACAUCACCUAGCCCUGUAUGUGUAUCGGUGGUGUCGUCCCCGGAGUAUCCAGAGGUGUACCUGGGGCGCGAGGCUUCCAAUGGUACAGUCAAGCGAGAGGCUUCCGAGAUCGAAUAUAUCUUGGACGAGGUACUAAAGAACAACUUGUCGAUCCAAACCGAGAUCCCCUACACAGACGUGGCCAUUAGCAAUUGGAUUGCGUCCGGAGUGUCAGGUCGAGUGUAUUUAGGUAACUGGAAGGGAAAGGAUGUUGCGGUCAAGAUAUUUGGAGAGGAGUUGAACGUGUUCUUUGAUGUUGGCGAGUACAGGAAAGAGGUUGCAAUGAUGACCAUGCUCAAGCACGACUCUCUAGUACAAUGUUAUGGUUCAGGAUCGUAUGGAAACAAUUUCUUCCAUCUAACAGAGUACUGUUCCAAGGGAAGCCUCACUGAAUAUUUAAAGAACACUUCAAACAUAUUGGACAUCCAAACCCAACUAUCAUUCGCAUUGGACAUCGCCUAUGGAAUGAGAUACCUUCACUCAAUGUCAAUUAUCCAUCGAGAUUUAAAGAGUUUGAAUGUCUUGAUUACCGACAACAACAAGAUAAAGAUUAUUGACUUUGGAUGCUCGAGGAUCACAAAGAAGUAUAUGACCAGCCAUGUUGGAACACAGGCAUGGAUGGCUCCAGAGUUGUUCACUUCGAAACACUACACAGAAAAGGUGGACGUCUACUCUUUUGGUGUCAUACUAUGGGAGAUAUUCACUAGGAAGGCACCUUAUGAUGAGAACGUACCAUUCAACGCUCCAGUCCUGGUAGCCAAAGGUGAGAGACCUGAGCUAUCCAAAGACUUCCCUUCACCUAUUGUAAAGUUGAUAAAGAAAUGUUGGUCACACAAGCCAUCACACCGACCCUCUUUCACCAAGAUAUGUACAUACUUAGAGGACUUUAGACAACAACAUCAGAUACAACUACAGCAACAACAUCAACUACAGCAACAACAACAUCAACAACAUCAACUACAACUUCAACAACAACAACACCAUCAACAUCAACAACAACUGCAUACCGGUUUCGAAAUUGGAAGCAGUCUAAUCAGGAGGAGAUAG